AUGCCCCCCAAGAAGACCAAGGCCGAGGAGGCCCUCGCCUUCCUCGACAACCUCGACAACCUCGACGCCGAGACUGGCCCCGCUGAUGCGCCGGGCUCAGUUGGCUCGGCACGGCCGUCAACGGAUAGUGCGAACAGGAAGGACGAACCCCCCCAGCCUGCACCGGACUCUGAAGCAGCAGACGCGCUGGCCUUCCUUGAAGCCCAGAUCAACCAGAAGCGUGCACCGCUGAGCAAGCCCUCCUCGUCAACGCCCCGCACAGAGAGCCCUGCUCUCGGUGCGCCUGGGACACCUGCUGCGGCCGCCUCAAAGGUGGCAUCGGCGUCGCCGGCUCCGGCAGCGCUCGCGCAUGAGGAACAAGCCGCGGCUUCGAGCGGCUGGGGCUGGGGCGGCGGUUCAUUCUGGUCUUCGGCGACGUCUGCCAUCCAAUCGGCCCAACGCGUCGCCGACGAGCAGUACCGUAAGGUCCGCACUGAGGGGGUCUCUGGCAUCCGCGAGCAGAUCGACCAGCUUCACGUUGGGGGCGUCGACGUUGGCAAACUGAGGAAGGACGCCGAGACGCGCCUCGGUGGCCUGGCCAAGAACGUGGGAAAUAUCGACCUCGACAAGCUCCGCCAGGAUAUCCUCACUCAGGCCAACUCGACCUUUACCACCCUGAUCAACACUGUUGCACCUCCGAUCUCGGCGCACGAGACAAUCGAACUGUGGCUCUCCCACCCCAUGGUUGGGUACGAGGGUGUCGAGGGUGUUGUGUACCGCGCCUGGAUGACGAUUCUCGAGCAGACAGAGUCGGGCGAGCUGGUGGUGGUCUGGUCGCCGCCUGACCAGGCCCUCCCAACCGAGCGCACUUUGAAUCCUAUCACUGGGUGGCACGAGGGGUGGAGGGCUGCGCAGGAUGAGGUUGAGGCGGCGAAGGGUCGUGAGGACAAGAAGCCCCGCGGACGGGCACGGGAGCAAUCAGGCGAUGUGCCAGUCACCACUAUCCCCGUCUUCCUCCACCUGCAGCCAGUGCUGGCGCCUCUGCCUUUCCCGGAGCCUGCCCUGCAGCUGUCUACUGAGGGAAGCCAGGCCACCGUGCCCCAGCACCUGUACUUUAUCGUCAGCCUGCAGGACCCCGUCCACGGGCUGCAGUUCACUACUGUCAGCCAGCCCUCGCCAGGAGACUGGCUGGAGGUCGAGUACGACAAGAGCGACUGGGUCGAAGAGCGUCUUGUCGAGGUACUGAAGACGAGCAUUGAGAUUGUCGCCCAGGACUAUGUUUCGACCCGCAUGGCACUCAAGCCGUCUGUGUCGGUGCCGGCGACCCCUAGAGACGUGGCGGCCGGGCAGCCGAUUGGUGGUGCGACUACCGCCGAGUGA